AUGUCUGCCGCUCUCCUUCGAUCACGAACUGCCGUUUCCGGCACCCGAAUUGCUUCAUCCGCCCGCCCUGCUCUUCCCAAGUCAAACCUCGUUCAGCGCCGCAGCGCCUCGUCCUCUUCAGCCGGUGACGGAGCUGGUCUCAGGCUCGCUCUUUACGGUAGUGCCGCCGCUGCUGUUCUCUACGGCUCUUACCUCUACGCUACCGACACCAGAGCUUUCUUCUACCGAUGGGUCGUUCCUCCGCUGCUGCGUUGGGCAUACCCUGAUGCUGAGGACGCUCACCAUGCUGGCACCACCGCCUUGAAGGUGCUCCAUGAACUCAACCUUAACCCACGCGAGCGCGAUACUACUCUCAACUCCCCUGAACUGGCUGUCAAUGUCUUUGGAACAGAAGUCCAGAACCCAAUUGGUAUCUCAGCUGGUCUCGACAAGGAUGGAGAGGUACCGGAUGCGCUGUUUGACCUUGGAGCCGGCAUUGUUGAGGUUGGCGGUUGCACACCUCUCCCUCAAGCUGGCAACCCCAAGCCUCGAGUGUUCCGUGUUCGUAGCCUCGACGGAAUGGUCAACCGAUACGGUCUCAACUCUCGUGGUGCUGAUGAUAUGGCUAUUCGAUUGAGGGAUCGACUCCGACGAUUUGCUCGAUCUCUCGGACUGACAGAGAGGGACGUUCUCGACGGAAACGCCAAGGUACCACCUGGAAGUCUUCGGGAGGGCCGACUUCUGGCUGUUCAGAUCGCCAAGAACAAGGAAACGGACGAGCGGGAUGAGAAGGCUAUUGCUGAGGACUACGUCUACUGUGUGCGAAGACUUGCACGCUUCGCUGAUGUGCUGGUCGUCAACGUCAGCAGCCCCAACACUCCCGGUCUUCGCGAUCUCCAGGCCACUGAGCCCCUGACACGGCUCCUCAGCGCCGUCGUUGACGAGGCUGCCAAGACUGACCGAAAGCAAAAGCCCAAGGUGAUGGUCAAGGUCUCCCCCGAUGAGGAUGAGGACACACAGAUGGAGGGCAUCGUCGAGGCUGUUCACCGAAGUGGCGUUGACGGGGUUAUUGUCGGCAACACAACGAAGCGACGAGACGGCGUUAUUCCCCCAGGCAUUAAGCUUACUGCUCAGGAGAGACAGAACCUCAUGGAGACUGGUGGCUACUCCGGUCCUGCAAUGUACAGCCGCACACUCGACCUUGUCGGCCGAUACCGCAAGAUGCUAGACAAGCACUCUUUCAAGGCCAGCCUCGGCGCCAAGGGCGGUGCUCAAAAGGUCAUCUUCGCCACAGGAGGCAUCACCAACGGCGAACAGGCACGACAGAUCCUCAAUGCUGGAGCUAGCGUGGCGAUGGUCUACACAGGAUUGACAUAUGGCGGCCCCGGCACUAUUACUAGGAUCAAGCAGGAGUUAAAAGGUGUGAAGAACUAG